CAAAGCAACAUCACAAUUUAUGCUUUACGAGUCUUGUGGUAGUUUGUUUUCUCUCCCUUAAAGUAAAUAUAACUCAUCAAACGAAGAUUUGUAACGAUAUUUAAAAAAAACCUUUAAACUCAGAUUAUACACGGCGCAUUCAACUGUUAACAAGGCAAGAGAACGCAGUGACGAUAACAUAGCUAUAACAUGGUCGAUAAAUUAAAUAUUCUAACAGACUAUAAGUGAUUCCUUGGUUUAUAAAUAUUCUAUCUUGCAACGGCUUUAGCCUCCUUUAACUUACUGAUGACUCGUGCGUUCUAAACGGACAAAAAUAUAAUCUAAAACCCAACACAAACCAUCUGUAUCGACAGCUAAACGAUUAUUUACUCGUGUCUGCUUGUCGACACGUGUGACUGUUUUGUUAACCAAAUUCGAUCCUAAUCUCACACCAUUGUCGAAGGUCACUGGACUGAAGAAAGUUUACGGGUCUGAAAGCAUUAUAGCGACAUUAGGAAAAUGGAGAGAAUUGAGUUGGCCAAUAGCAUUCCUCCAAAGUUUUGGCGGUUGUUUUCAGUAUUUUAUGAACACAUGUGGCCGUGUAGUAUAACAUAAAUGCAUAAUACAACGAAAUACGCAGUUAAAUUCGCUAUGAUUCAGGAAGAUACGAGACAAGCGAAAGCAAAAAUUACUUGAACGUAGCACAGGUUUAAACACUUUUACAAAAAAAUGUUUUCUAUUCAGAGAAAAAAGGGGUGGAAUGGAACUGCAGUUCUACAUGGGAAUGUCACAGUCUCGGAGAAGACAGAAGAGUAUAACUACAAAGUUCCAAACGCGGCGAUCAUCCUACUGAGCUUCCUGGCGUUCAGUCUCAUCUUCCUCGCCAUCUUCUUCCUGAUCUUGAGGAGAAUGCAGACCAAGCUGAUGGAGAAGCUGCACACACGAGAACGGAACUACAUCAGCUUGGGUCUGCGCUCACUGAUCUCGCGAGAGGCGAGGGCGCUUAUUAACGAUGGACACGAGUGUGAGGAGGACGAGGAGGAAUGGGUACUAAACACGACCAACGAGAAAAUCAAACAGGCUCAGGAGACUCCAAGUACCAUUGCUCGUCUCCAGGUCUCCGCCGCCUACUCCGAGACAACCGGUCGCAUUGCCGUCAAUAUUUGCCAGGCUACUCAGCUUGCUACUGUCCUCCAACAACACGGUUACAAUACAUUACAAGUGCACGUGAAAAUGCAACCCCUUGCCACGAAGUUCCGUUACAAAACGCUCUCCAAACCGGCUUAUCGCGCCAUCUUCGACGAGCAAUUCGCGUUUGAUGGAUUCAGAAAGAGGGACUUGAGGAAGUGCUGGUUUCGUUUUCGGUUGUAUUCGUUCACCAAGUUCGGUAAGAAGAAGAUCGUAGGACAAGUAAACGUCAGUGUCACGGACUUUGAGGAGAAUGGCGUAUGGGGAACCUUGUGGUUGGAUGUGACGCCGAGUGAUGAGAUGUACAGGCUGAUAGCUAGUGCAAACGAGCUUGGAAACUACUGACUUGUGGAGAAAAAAAAUAUCCAAUGUCGGAGCUCUGCAACGCUUUUUUUUUUUUGUAAAGAAGAAAGAAGUCCCAGAACUUCAAUUUCGCGAAAUUAAAUCCCCUGCAAACAACUGUUUGGCUUCGCUUGCUUAAUAGCACAGGAAUAGUAAAGCCUGCGGAAGCUCGGUGUUUUACUUGUACGGGUUUAUACCAUCUCUGAGUGUUAAAUUAAAAUCCUAGACAACAAUACGUGCGAUAGUAUAAUAUAAUAUAAACUAGAAUUAUUCAAACAUAGGACAGCGGCGCUAAGACAGGUCUAUAUUACAACAAAUAGCAAAAUUUACCUUAAAACCUAUUACCAUAUCAAAAUAUAUUCUAUUACAAGAUCUUUUAGCUCAAUAAAUUACGUUUUAAUGUUUUCCUAUUGGA